AUGGAGAGAAUACUGAUUUUGAAGCUGGAUCGCCAAGCGUUUGCCAAUGCAUACGUUGCUGGUCUGAAGGAGGAUAUUGGUCUCAAGAAGAAUGAGUACAGCUCGCUGCUGUCCGUUUUCACGGCUGGGAGUGUCGUUGGCCAAAUCCCUCAUGGCCUCAUCAUUCAAAAGGUCCGCCCUAGCAUCUGGCUUCCGCUCACUCUGAUCCUCUGGUCCGGUCUUACCAUGUGUUCUGCGGCAUGCAAGAACUACUCGCAGCUAUGUGCGGUCCGCUUCUUCCAAGGAUUCAUGGAGGCCAGUUUAUACAGUGGAGCCAUGUAUGUGGUGGGGUCGUGGUACAAACCAUCUGAACUUGCGAAACGAGCUGCCAUCUUCACUGCAGUUGGGCAAGCAGGAAGCAUGUUUGCGGGUAUCAUGAUGACGGCUAUGCACAAGACCAUGCAGGGCACCGCGGGCCUGAAGGGAUGGCAAUGGGUGUUUCUGAUCGAUGGUCUAAUGGGAAUUCCAAUCGGAAUAUUUGGCUUCUUGACCUUUCCCGACCUCCCAGACACGGCCAGAGUCUUCUACCUCAGCGAAGAGGAGAAGGAAUACGCCAAGUCCCGUCUGCCACCCAAGAAGAUGAAUAGCCAUAGCAUCAGCCCUAAGAGUCUUGCUAAGCGUGUCCUCACCCAGCCUACCAUCUACAUCUUCACCGCAUUCUCCAUCAGCUGCGGCAUGCUCGAGGCCUUCGCCUUCCAGGGCAUGUUCCUCCUCUGGCUCAAGUACCACGCCAAACGCUUCUCCCAAUCCGCCAUCACCACGUACCCGCUCGGCACGCAAGCUGUAGCCAUCGUCUCGCAAAUCAGCGCGGGCAUCUUCAUUGACCGUACCGGCCACCGCAUCCCCAUGGUCAUCCUAUCCGCGUGCUUGCAACUCGUCACGGCGUCUCUCCUCCUUGUUCGCAACCUUCCUGAUGCAGGCGUCUUCACGGCUUACUACCUCAGCGGCACAAGCUACAUUGUCAACCCCAUCAUGUACGGCUGGGCCAACGCCGUGUGCCAGCGCGGCGGCGACGACGCCGUCAGAAGCGUUGUCCUGUACACGAUGAACAUGGGCGGCCAGAUCCUGUAUACCUGGUGGGGCAUUGUGCUGUAUCCUGCUACCGACAUACCGUACUGGAAGAAAGGCAGCAUCACCAUGAUUGUCGUAUGCUUUGUAUUCACAGGCAUGGCGUUUGUAGUGAGAUGGCUUGAUCGCAGAACGAUGAUACCUGUUGCCAAUGGCGAGACAGCUGCGUCGUCGUUGGGUGACAGUGGUGUCGAUGUCGUGGUUGGCGCGCGGCCGAAGACUGGCUGAUGAGUUAAUAAAGUAGUCUUUGAGGAAUGAUGCUGCAUCUUGCAUGUACCUGGGGUCCUACACUCCGAGGGCUGAGUUCAUGGUGGAAUAUAAGGACUU